CAGACGUGAAAUAUCCUUGUUUAGGUAUAUGUUGUAGCUGUUUUUCUAUUUGAAAACUGUGGUGUUUAUUUAACUAACCACAUUGUUCCUGCUGUUAACGUUAAUGUUACUCGUCGCAAGUGGAAUGUCUGUUCUGAAACAACUUUUUUUCCAUGCAGCUGAUGGAUGAAAUCGUAUACAGUCGAGCAGAGCUAUGUUAAUGCUAGCAAGGCGUACUAGAGUUUGUUGUCAAUUUAGUUUCAGAUAGCCCGGAGAGGAAGAUGUUACCACGUUUGCAUGGGCAAGAUUUAACCAAAUUUGCGUGGGCAGCAACACCUCGUUAGAAUUGAGCAUAAGGUUACUCCAAAAACUCUGUUAUAUAAGCUUGACACUAACUUGGUAGAACACGUAGUCCUGCUAAUCCUUUGCAUGUAAACAGUUCAGCCAAAAAAACACCUUAAAAUACAUUUGCUAUUUGCUAUUGUACAGGAUAGUGCACAUGAGAAUGUUGUCCGUGGCUGUUUACAAACCCGGUGGUUUUAAUCCUUAAUGCUAAUAUCUGGUAUUUUUAAACAAUGCGGCACGAGCGGGUGUGGUAUGACAUCACUUUCUACUGCUCUCUUAUUGUGUUGUAAUGGCAGAGGAUGGGGAGCUGAACCAAAUUGGGAGCCUGACCGCCUCAUCUGGUCAGUGUGUCCGGCAAACAUAUCGGAGUUGUGCCCAUUCCCGCAGCCUGUUGGAUGGGCUGCUUGGCCUGAGACAGGGUGGCAUCCUGUUUGACGUAGUGCUUCUGGUAGAGGCCAGACCCAUUAAAGCCCAUCGCAUCCUGCUAGCUGCUUCGUGUGAAUACUUCAGAGGGAUGUUUGCUGGAGGGCUCAGAGAGACACAUCUGACAGAGAUUCCAGUGCAUGGGGUGACCUACACUGCCAUGACCAAACUGCUGGAUUUCAUCUACACAUCUGAGCUUGAACUUGACCUUGACACUGUGCAGGAGGUCCUAGUUGCUGCAACUCUCAUACAGAUUGAGGAUGUUAUUGGCUUCUGCUGUGACUUCCUUUUCUCCUGGCUGGAUGACAGUAACAUCCUGGAGGUUGACAAGUUGGCUGAUAUGUUUGGGCUGCAGCAGCUGGGGGACAAGGUGCACUCUUACAUCCUCAGAAACAUUCAGACGUUCUCUCGCACAGAGGUGUACCGCCAGCUUCCCCCAGAGAAGGUCUUCAGUGUGCUGAACAGUGACAAACUGGAGGUCAGCUCAGAGAAUGAAGUUUAUGAGGCAGCUCUACACUACCACUACAAACCAGAGCAGGUGGAGACAGACCACGUGUCCCUCCAGGAAAACCUGAGAAUGCUGGAGGCAGUGCGCUUUUGCCUAAUGGACAAACAGGUGUUGCAGAGACUUUUUGGGCGCCUGAAUCAGUGCCCACUGAAGGACUUAGUUUCAUCUGCACUGCGUUACCAUGAGCAGGAGCUAUGGCAGCCUGUUCUGCAGUGCCCUCUCACCCAACCCCGCUCCAGCUAUAAAUGCAUCCUGUGCUUUGGGGGGAUGUUCUCCUCUGGUUCGCUGACUGAGAACGAAGACUUGUUCCAAGUUUACCACCCUAGCUGGGGUGAGUGGAGGACACUUGUGGCUGGUCAGGCCCACCGCAUGUCAAACCAGGGCAUCGCUGUGCUUAACAACUUUGUUUAUUUGAUUGGAGGAGACAAGAACACCAGUGGCUUUCGAGCAGAGACUCGAUGCUGGAGAUAUGACCCUCGCCACAACCGCUGGUGCUCGAUCAAGGCCCUGCAGCAGCAGCACGCAGACCACUGUGUGUGUGUGCUGGACGGACACAUCUACGCCAUUGGGGGGCGUGACUACAGCAAUGAACUGGAGUGUGUUGAGCGCUAUGACCCGUACACCAACACCUGGGAAUAUGUGUCAGCCCUCAGCAAAGAGGUGUAUGCACAUGCCGGAGCAGUCUUGGAUGGCAAGAUAUAUAUCACUUGUGGGCGGCGGGGAAUGGCGUACCUGAGGGAGACACAUUGUUAUGACCCCCAGCACAACCAGUGGGUAGAUUGUGCAGAGAGUCCUGUGGAGCGGGCAUGGCACGGCAUGGCUGCAGUCAAUGGACGAGUCUAUGUCAUUGGAGGCAGCAACGAUGAACAGGGGUACCGCCGAGAUGUUCUUAAGGUGGCGUGUUAUAGCCCAGGAGCUAACUCUUGGUCUGUGGUGAGUCCUUUACAGGCUGGUCAUGGGGAGCCAGGCGUGGCAGUGCUGGGCAGCCGCAUCUACAUACUGGGUGGGCGCUCACAUGACAAGGGCAACCGUAUGAAAUAUGUGCAUGUGUACAACACAGAGGAAGACCUCUGGGAGAUUGGGACAGCGUUUAAGGACCGCAUCUCUGGCUUGGCAGCCGGCGUGGUGCUUCUAUCCCGUGCUGUGAUUGAUCAGGCUAAGACCUGGGAGCAGCGCACCAAGUCGUCCUGGGAGGAGGCGGAUUUGGACAACUCUGAGGACUCGAGUGAUGACUGACUGAUGUGGUCUUGCACUGCGGAGGACAAUAGAGAGUUGUUCAGACAUUGGAUUGAACUGAAUCUGAGGACAUCUUUUUCUUUUGCAUGUAAGGCUAAAGGAAUCCUUGGGCUAUUUCCGUAUCUUGUUUGAUACCGUGAUGAUGGGAUGGUAGUCUUCUACAGACAUGUUUUAUCCACGCUGUGUGCCUCUGUACCAAAGUGUAAACCAAGGCCUUUGUGUUGUGUUGUUGCUCCAACAUCUGAUCUUCUGUAACCCUCAGACUGUGCAACUUUGAUCUUAACAUACACUACUGUUCAAACGUUUGGGGACAGAGAAAUGUCCUUGUUUUCAAAUAUUUUUUUUUUUAUCCAUUACAAUAAAAUCUAAUGGAUCAUUGUAGACAUUGCUAAAGUUGCGAAUGACUAUUGUUACUGGAAACGGCAUUAAAUAGUACCCACAAAACAUCAGUCUCCACGACAACAGUGAAGAGGCGAUUCCGGGAUGCUGGGUUCUUUGCUGAGUUGCAAAGAAAAAGCCAUAUCUCAAACUGGCCAAUAAGAAGAAAAGAUUAAUAUAGGCAAAAUAACACAGACACUGGACAGAGGAAGAUUGGAAAGAAGUGUUAUGGACUGACAAAUCUAAGUUUGAAGUGUUCGGAUCACAAAACUUUUGUUAGGCACCAAAUGGAAGUGCUUGUUGGAGUGCUUGACACCAUCUAUCAAGCAUGGUGGAAGCAAUGUUAUAGUCUGGGGGUGCUUUGGUGGUGGUGAAGUGGGAGAUUUGUACAGGUUGAAAGGGAUCUUGAAGAAGGAAGGCUAUCACUCCAUUUUGCAACCCCAUGCCAUAACCUGUGGACGGUGCUUAAUUGGAACCAAUUUCCUUCGACGACAGUACAAUGACCCAAAGCACAGCUCCAAACUAUGCAAUAAUUAUUUAGGGAAGAAUCAGUCAGCUGGUAUUCUGUCUAUAAUGAAGUGGCCAGCACAGUCACAAGAUCUCAACCUUAUUGAGCUGUUGUGGGAGCAGCUUGAUUGUAUCAUACGUAAGAAGUGCCCAUCAAGCCAAUUCAGCUUGUGGGAGGUGCGUCAGGAAGCAUGGGGUGACGUUACUUCAGAUUACCUCAACAAAUUCACAACUAGAAAGCCUUGCAGACAUUUGUCAGUAAUUGCUGAAAAUGGAGGAUUCUUUGAUGAAAGCGAAGUUCGAAGGACACAACAAUUUAAAUUGAAAAUCAACCUUGUUGAUAUAGUCAUUGACAACCUAACCUUUCCCAUGACUAUUUUCUAUUCAUUUUGCUACAUUUACUAUUCAAAUACAUUUUAUGUAUGUUUUCUUGGAAAACAAGGACAGUUCUAAGUGACCCCAAACUUUUGAACGGUAGUGUAUGUCCUCUCUUUAUACAGAGAGGAGGAGAAGAUGGUCCUUUGUUUUGGGAAGACUUAAAAAAAAAAAAGAUGUAUGAAUAUUUGACCCAGUUCUCAAAAGUACCAGUGGCCAGUCUUUUGCACUUAAAGAACAUACUCCUGUAGAAAAUGUGAUAUGUACAUUUGUUGAAACUUAGGGAAGUUACAGAUUUUCGGUCUCCAUUGACUAAAGAUCCCAUAUGUCAUUUCUGCUACAAUCCAACAAUAAUUUGGCAUUAUUCUAAGGUAAUUACUUUGUAAGGCCUAAAAAUAGCUAUAAUUAUAACAGUAUAAUUCUAAAUAUAAUAUAGAUUUUUAUUUUUCUGUUAUUGCACUCAUGAAGGUAAUGGACUGUUAAUUUGCCAGCUUGAAAACUGAUUGUAUAGUUCUGUAAAGAUCUUAUAACCACUUAUUGUUACUAGAUUGGAAAGGCAUUUACUCAUCUUGCACUUUAAAAUGGUAAUUAAUUCUUAUUCCCACACUGUGCCUUGUGUUCACUAUUAUACCUUAGACAUUGUUUGUAAUUUGUUUAGAAGGCCCUUUCAUUAUGUGCCUCAUAUGUCAGUGGGGUGGCAGGUCACCUAGUGGUUAAAAUGUCAGACCAAUGAUUGAAUGUUUCCAAGUAUGAAUCCCCAAGCUGACAAGAUGCAAAAAAUGUUGUUUUGCCCUUGAGCAAUGCACUUAACUGUAAUUACUCAAGGGUGCCAAUCUCUAAUAGCUGAUCCCCUGGCUGUGGCUCCACUCUAAUGGUGUCUCAGGGAGAGUGGGAUAUGCCAGAAAGCACAUUUACAAUUUGCACAACACAUUUUGGACAUUUGUGAAAUUGCAAAUGUAAGAACCCACCAAAUUGUUAUCAUCACUGUUUAUGAAGUUGAAAGAAAAUUCAGUUUAAAUUGUUGGGUUGAAAACAUUGUCAUUCUACUGUUGGUACACAGUCAUCCAGGAAAAGUUACCACACAACAGUAAUAAGUGCAAGGUACCAUUGAUGCUUUUUAACAGAGCAACAAACAGUUGUAGAGAAUGAUUUAGUGAAAAAUGUGUACUUUAUUAUGUCAAACAAUGUAUUUAAUUCCUCUAGAUAAUGAGAUUUACAUAGUUUUGGCCAGUGGCUCAGUCCAUCCCCUCAAGGUGGUUCUGGUUAGCUUAGGCCGAGCAUUAUCUCGCCCAGUCUCUGCUAGUUCCUCUCCAUUUGGUUCUAUUGCCCAUUGACUUAAUGAAGCUUGACUGCUGCUUUCCUCUCCAGGGCUGUUUCAUCUGCAUCUGUAAUCCCCCAUCAUCCCCCAGUUAGUGCUCCCCUCUUUAUUUCACACUGUCUUGUCAAUCCCUGCUGUGUCGUUUGGUGAGGUCAGCUGAUGCACCCUCUGGUUUUGGACAUCCAGCACAGCUUGCACAACCUGCUAUGUUUUCAUGGCAUCCAUAUACGUCAAUCUAUUCAUUCUUAUACCUCUGGCCAUCUUGGGGACAAUAAAGACAUAUGUCACAUUUUUGGCAUUGUCAGAGAGAGCUGAGGCAUUUACGUACUUUAGGGUGUAAGUCGAUUUAAAGCUCUUUGCGUGCCCAUUA